ACUAACUCUAUCAAGAAAAAUAGGGGACAUGUUACUGGACAAAUGCCCAAGGAUUGGGUAUCGUCCUCGCCCCCGUGUCGCUCCGUGUCGGGCGACUCUAGCCUCCCCCACCACCAACCUAUCCUGCCUCCUCGCCGUCGCCGGGCAAAGCCCGCGCGGGGACGGGGGCGGCGGGGCCUUCGGCUCUGGGCACGGGUCUCCUCGAUCUGGGCGCCUUGGUGGCCGGCGGCGCCGGUUCCGCAGGUGGCGGUGCCGGAUCCGUGGUGAGCCGCCGGAUCAAUGGUGGAGAGGACCGGAUCCGGUGGAGGUGCUCUGUUGCUGCGGCGCCGUGGGCGUGGUGGUCGGCCGCGCCGAUUCGCGGGCUCUGGCGGCAGAUUUGUCAGUUUCUUGGCCAGCGGGGUGUGUUCCGUCGCUGGCAGCACCGGAUCCGAGGGUGGUUUUGCCGGAUCCAGCGUGGGAGCGGCUCUCCGUGGAGGUUCUUGCUCCGGCAGCCUCGUCCGGUGGAGGGCUUGGGGCAUGUCGCGGCGGCGGCGGCAUCGGUGGCCGCGUUGCUGCAAGCUCUGGUUUGAAGCGCGGCCGACGGCGGUCGGCUGGGAAGUGGUGGAUGUCGGCUUCGUCGUUGCCCUGCAGUGGUGGUACGUGGUGGCCUGUGUCCUUGCUCCAUAGCCUAUGGCUUGCUGCGACGCUGGCUCUUCCGUCCGCGGUGGUUUGCAGUGCUGCGGGUGAAAACGACGUUCUCGGACGUCGCUUCCUUCUUGAAGGCGUCGUCGUGCAGCACCAAUGCAUCCCAUCCCCCGCGGUUAAGAUGUCUCUGAGCGAAAGCUCAGGUUCAGUUUUUCUGAACCGGACAAUGACGGCGUCUUCGGACGUCGUUCCCUCCUUGGAGGCGUUGUCUUUGGAGCCAUUAUCCGGCGGCGAAAGAUGCUUGUUGCGGUGAGUCUACCUUGGGCUUGGCCAGGGAUGACGGCUUCGAUCAGCAGGGGCUCGUCGUUGUGCAAUUGCACUUGUCAAGGCGGCCUCUUCCUUACUUCGGUCAUCGAAGAAGCCCAGUUUUGCCUACCUCCUCUGGCGUAAGGAUUUGCCCACUAUUCAGCGUCGUUGGAGUGGGAGGAGGUUUUGCUCUUGCGGGUGUGGUUUGUGUGUCGACUUUGCCUUGUACUAGCUUCGUUAGGAAGCUUGCAGUUUGUCAGGGUUUUCGUACGGCUUUUCUUGAAUAGCCGUGCUUUGUAUGGUUUUUAGGCUCGGUUUUCCUUAUAAACGGGGUCAAUUCUUUCUUCUAAUCGAAUCGCGGGAACCGACCGUUGUGUUCUAAAAAAAACAGGGGACAUG